AAUACCAAAGACAGCCUUUUAUUAGAUGAUGCAGCUCUGAGAGAAUGCAAGUACACUCAGCAGCUGACCCCAGUGUACUUGCUGAAGGCUGGCUUUGACUCAUGUGGGGUUCAGUAUAAAGGUGGUGCUUAUAUCCUAGAUGUGCAGGUGGACUACUACUCCAGCAGUCUCUCACGGGCCGUCUCCCGCACCUUCAAAGUUAGCUGCUCGCAGCCUCAAGCUGAUAAUCCACUGCAGACAGCAUUUAUUUCAGGGGUAACAAAUUGUACACCAGAUUUUAUGGAGGCCCAAACAGUCCAGUUGAUACCAAGCUUUGACAGUGUGGGAGAUGGCACAUGGCAUGUUCAAGUUAAAGGUCCCAAAGGUUUUAUGAUGAGCCUGAAUGCUGCUCAGUCCAAUGGUUAUACAUUUUACACUAAAGACGCCUUUGUGGUGGCAAGGGUCCGCUUUAAUGCAAAAGGAAUUCAGAAGCUGGCAAGUGUACCAGGAGGCCAGACUCUGUACUUGGCAGAUUUUUCCCUGGAGUACUUGUAUCCAGAUGGGAAGAUUACAAUAAGCUUUGUACUAGUCUGUGUGCCUAGAGCAGUAACCUGUGGCCAAUCUGGAAUGAACAUAAUCCUUCCCACACAGAACUUAAAAUUCCAAAAAGUGAAAAUUGGCAGUCAAGUGUACACUUCCCGCCCUGCACCUACUUCCAUCACCCUUGUAGUAGUGUCCAACUUUGUGAGAAUAGCUGUACCAUUUACCCAUCCUUUGAUGUCGAACAAGCGUUGUCCUGGUGGAAUGAUGCGGGUUUUGCCAACCACCUCGAUUACACUCUCUUACAAAAGUAUAAAGGUGGAUAUGAUGAUCAACCCCACCUGUCCCUGUCAGCGCAAAGGUCAAACUGUAGUAUCACUCUGCCAGAAUGGAUUGAUGUCCUUUGAAGUGAAUAGUAAUGCUACACAACCAGCCUUGAACUUGACUUCUGCACAGUUGCUGGAUCCUUCCUGCCAGCCCUCUGUGGUCUCUGCUACUGGGCUCAUGUAUAGCUUUCCUUUGACAAGCUGUGGUACCACCAUUAAGAUGCUGGGUGGCCACCUUGUUUAUGAGAAUGAAGUGCGUGUGAUGCCACAAACUGAGCUGGGCAUUAUUACUAGGGACAGUGAAUUCAUCUUGACCGUGCUGUGCUACUACAAUGACACUGCUGACAGGAGCCUGUCCUUGACUGUUCUGACCAAUGCACCACCUGCCCCUGCUAUAAACCAAGGAAAUCUCACUGUAGUUCUCCGGGCAUAUCCAGAUGAAAUGUUUCAGAUACCCUAUAGAGACCAGGACUACCCAGUUGUGAAAUACCUGAGGGAUCCCAUCUAUCUGGAGGUGCAAGUCCUGAACAGACAAGACCCUAACAUUGAGCUUGUACUGGAGAACUGCUGGGCCACUGCCUCUCCCAAUCCAAUCUCUCUACCUCGUUGGGCUGUCAUUGCUGCUGGCUGUGCAUAUGGAGGAGAUGAAUACCCAACAGUGAUGCACCCCAUGUCCGACUUCACUGGAAUCCAGUUCCCCAGUCACUACAAGAGGUUUGAUGUAAAGGCUUUUGCUUUUGUGUCCAGUGGAGCUGCCCUGAGUAGUGCGGUCUAUUUCCACUGCAGCGCAUUGAUCUGUGAUAUUGCCAACCCAGACUCUACAGCCUGUGCUAGCAUCUGCCCGGUUACACAACCCCUUCGCUUCAGAAGAAGCUCUUCUGGAGGGCAGGAUCCUGCUAUUCUGGGUGAAGUGGUGAGCAGCUUGCCAGGUCCUGUAGCUGUAAUGAAGAAAAGCCUCACCAAAGCUGGUGUGAUCACCACAGACUCCUCUUCAAAGCCAGUGAAGGUGCAGACUGGCCAGCCCCUCUGGACUACUCUCCUGGUGGUUGGUGUGAUCCUUGUGAUGGCUACCUUAGCUGUUGCUUGUCUUGCAUUUCGACUUCAAAGGAACAAGUUGCUUUAAUAAAGCUUUUCUAUUGUA